GCCACCCAAGUGUCGGCGUUUGAAUGGCAAGCAGAACGCGAAGAAACUGUACAUCGAGAAGAAGGCUGUCAAGGCGCGCGUGGCCAAGCAGUCCGCCGACGUCUUCCUGACGUCCUACGGGACCUUCCGGUGCAGUGUCGCUGCCUUGAGUGUCCCCAACGCCUUUGGAGGGAUGUUGCUGGACGAGGCUCAGCAGAUCAAAAACCACACCACACAGAUCUCCAGGGCCGUGAAAGAAGUGGCAGAGCACGUGGGGCCCAUUCGGAUUUCCCUCAGUGGGACGCCGGUGGAGAACAAGCUGCUGGAUUUGCACAGCCAGUUCGAAUACAUCUUGCCUGGAUAUUUGGCUUCGUCGAAAGCAGAUUUUCAGCGCAGCUUCGGCCGCCCCGUGACCAACUCCGUGCGCCGCAGCGUGCGCGGCCAGGCGGCCGCGGCACGCGCGGCGGCAGAGGGAACGGCGACGACGGGACAGGAUCAUGCUGGACUUGCCAGUCAAGAGUCCCUGCGCCGCUUGGUGAAGCCCUUUCUGAUGCGCCGCCUGAAGACUGAUCCGGAGAUCGCGGCGGAUCUGCCGGAGAAGAUCGAACAGGAUCAAGAGUGUGAGUUGACGGACACGCAGAAAAGGAUCUACAAGGCGAUCCAAGAGAAGUGUCUGGAAGACACGUUGAAGGUCGACUCCUUCCAACGCCGUGGAC